GUAUCACUAAAAUAUUAUUCCCAGUACGUUGUUAGUUAUGUGUUUUUAGCGCCCUCUGUGGUCGUUUCAAGUAAUGCACCGUAGAAAUGGUUUGUUUUGAAACAACUUUAUUGAACAGGAAGUCAGCUCAAGGAAAGCAAGCGAGCGAAAGAAAGAGACAUAUCGGCACACGGCUUAUGGUGUCCUGUCGGAAAAUUUACUGUCUACAUCUUUGGUUUACGGUUGUAUCGCCGUUUUACCCUUUUGAAUGUCAGUAAACCUGUUGACAACGCCCAUCGGUCUUCAGAGUGGUGAUAUGAGAAAGGUGUUCACGCCCUUGCAUCAGACAUGCACCCGUAACGGCAUAGUAAAACAGCGGCAUCCGCACGAACAAAGAUAACGCAGUCAUCGCACACUAGAGUGAAGCUGACCACUACUACGCCUGGGAGCAACACGGCAUACAGCAGUGAGCCAGCAGUCGUCUAAUCAACUCCAACAUGUCCAGCAAGGCGUCAUCCCUCAAGACCCGGUCCGAAGCUUCGUGUGCCUCCUCUACAGGUUCUGCAGCAGCCAAAGCCAGAGCAAAAGCUGAGGCAGCCAAGGCACGGCUCAGCUUCGCAGCUAAAGAAAUGGAUUUGAAGGUAGAAAAAGCACAAAUAGAAGUAGCAAAAGCUAAAGUCGAGGCAUCCAUCGAAUAUUUACAGCAUGAAAAAGAUGUAGCUUCAGCCAUUGCUGAAGCAGAAUCAUUAGAAGCAGCUGCUGCCACACAGACAGAAACGCGCAGCAACAUCUGUCCCUCAGUAACAGCAGAACGAACUAAACAGUAUGUCAUUGGCCAAUCUACAUUUGUGAGAAAAGAAAAUGAUGCUGCUCUUCAACAAUCACAAAAUGAAAAUGUAACACAAAGUAAACCAGAGCUCACCUGUGAUCAGCCACCAAGCCCUAAAAAAGAAAAUGACCCACAAAAAAUUCCAAUUGGUCUAACAGAUGAUCCUGACUGUUGCCAAAAAACUCCAGUCAUUUCCCCUUCUCCCCAUGCUAAUAAAAAUUACAGUACCAAUUGGUCAAAUCAGGUGUCAGCAUCUAGCUUCCAUGAUGCUAGGCCUUUAUACAAAGAGCCUAGAGAAUCAAAUGUGAGUGACUUCAUCAGAUACUUUGCUCGUCGUGAAAUAGUGGCAACAGGGCUGCUCCAGUUUAAUGACAAGCCCCAAAACUUCAGAGCUUGGAAACGCUCAUUUGAAAAUGCUAUAAGCGGGUUAGAUCUAACGGCAAGUGAAGAAAUGGACUUGAUGUUAAAAUGGCUUGGCAAGGAAUCGGCUGAACAUGCAGAACAACUCAGAGCCAUACACAUCAACAACCCAGUCAAUGGCCUCAACAUGAUAUGGGACAGACUUGAACAAUGUUAUGGCUCAGCUGAAGUGAUCGAGGAUGCACUGUUUAAAAGAAUUGAUGCAUUCCCAAAAAUCUCAUCCAAAGACUUUGCAAAACUGAGAAAAUUUAGUGACCAGGGUCGACCUCAUAAGUGUGAAGAUUGUCAUCGCUGA